GUCCCUGCCCAGUGGCCCUGUGCUCCUACAGAGUUCAUGGGGGAGGCCCCCAAGGAGGUGGCCUUCGGGUUGAACUAGAGGUUAUGCAAAUUUAGUGUGUGGUGCAGGAAGGGUUAGGCCGGCAAAGGGAUGUAGGGGCUGAGGAAGGCUGAGCCUGCAGGUUAAGACGCCUAAGAUAUAUCCACCAGAGCACCCACAGGGACAGCUGCAAAGAAGCCUCCACUGAUCCCUCCCUCCGUGCUCAAUCCCACCACGUGCCUGCAUCCCCACGUCGCUGCUUGUGAAGGUGACGGAGCCAGGACUGCAGUUCCCGGCGGCCUGUGCGCAGACAGAUGGGGAGUGGGAGGUUCCAAGGCUCUGAGGUCUCCUGUCUGCAGACCAGCUGAGUACAUACCACAGAUAUGGCUCAGCAGCUAACUUUAGUCCUCAAUGUCCCGGAGACCACAGGGGACCUGGACCUGGAGCCCAGCCCCUAUGAAGAGAGUGACGUGCACGACUCCUUUCACCAGCUCAUUCAAGAACAGAGCCUGCGAGUGGCUGAGGAGGGGCUGGAGCUCUUGCCUUUGGCCCCAGGAAGUGGUCAGCAGACCCUCCCAGAACCUGAAGGUAUGCCCGCUUACAGCAUGGCCACACUUCGCAUCUUGGCCAGCAUGCCUAGUCGCACCAUCGGCCGCAGCCGCGGGGCCAUCAUCUCCCAAUACUACAACCGCACAGUGAGGCUACGGCGCAGGAGCAGCCGGCCCCUGCUGGGGGAUAUGGUGCGCUCAGCCCGCCCCAGCCUCCGCCUAUAUGACCUGGAGCUGGACCCCACAGCCCUGGAGGAAGAUGAGAAACGGAACCUGCUGGUAAAGGAGCUUCAGGGCCUGCCAUUGGCUCAGCGGGACCACAUGCUUCGGGGCAUGCCCUUGAGCCUGGCUGAAAAACGCUGGCUGCGAGAGAACAGUUGGAGCCCAAAGGGGAAGCGGAGGGGCCGAGGUGGGACCUUUUCCUGCUGCAGCCGGCUUGGAUACUCCUGCAUUCUGGCCCUGCACAGCCUGGGGCUGCUGCUGCUCUCGGGCCUGCACGCCGCCAGGCCAUGGCGCUAUGCCCUGAAGGAGAUUGGCGGCCAGUUCGGCUCCAGUGUUCUCUCCUACUUCCUCUUCCUCAAGACCUUGCUGGUCUUCAACACACUGUUGCUGGUGCCACUGCUGGCCUUUCUCGUGGGCGUGCAGGCUGCCUUCCCGCCUGACCCAUCGGGCCCUGUCCUCACCUUCUCUGGUCUGGAGCUUCUCACAGGUGGGGGCUCCUUCACACACACCGUCAUGUACUACGGGUACUACAGUAACACCACGCUGAACCAGCCAUGUGCCUCCUCAUGGGAAGGUGGCCAGUGCAGCCCCAGGUCAGGCAGCCUGCCUUACAACAUGCCACUGGCCUACCUCUUCACGGUGGGCGUGGCCUUCUUCAUUACUUGCAUCACCCUUGUGUAUAGCAUGUCUCACUCUUUUGGGGAGAGCUACCGGGUGGGCAGCACCAAGGGCAUCCAUGCUCUAACUGUCUUCUGCUCCUGGGACUACAAAGUGACUCAGAAGCGGGCCUCCCGUGUCCAGCAAGACAGCAUCUGCACCCAGCUAAAGGAGCUGCUGGCUGACUGGCAGCUGCGCAAGCGCCCCAGGGGUGCGUGUGGACGGCUGCGGCAGGUUGUCGUCCUGGUGCUGGUGUGGCUGCUGUGUUUGGGGACCACGCUGGGCUGUACAGUGGCAGUCCUCACCUUCUCGGAGGCCAUGAUCCAGAGGCCUGCAACUGGCCACCAGGAGGUGGAGCUGCUAGCCUUGCCCCUGGUGGUCAGCGUCCUCAACCUGGGCGCCCCCUACCUCUUCCGUGGCCUGGCCACCCUGGAGCGGCAUGACUCCCCCGUGUUGGAGGUGUAUGUGGCCAUCUGCAGGAACCUCAUCCUGAAGAUGGCUGUUCUGGGAGUGCUUUGCUACCACUGGCUGGGCCGCAGGGUGGCCACUCUGCAGGGCCACUGCUGGGAGGACUUUGUGGGCCAGGAGCUGUACCGGUUCAUGGUCGUGGACUUCAUCUUUGCACUCUUUGACUCGCUUUUUGGAGAGUUGGUGUGGAGGUUCAUCUCGGAGAAGAAGCUCAAGAGGAAGCGAAAGCCGGAGUUUGACAUUGCACGGAAUGUUCUGGACCUGAUUUACGGGCAGACACUGACCUGGCUGGGCGUCCUGUUCUCGCCACUCCUGCCUGCCGUGCAGAUCCUCAGGCUGCUGUUUCUCUUCUAUGUCAAGAAGGCGAGCCUGAUGGCCAACUGCCAGGCACCACGGCGGCCUUGGCUGGCAUCGCACAUGAGCACCGUCUUCCUCACCCUGCUCAGCUUCCCGUCGUUCCUGGGCACCGCUGUUUUCCUCUGCUACGCCAUCUGGCAGGUGAAGCCCUCCAGCACCUGUGGCCCCUUCCGGACCCUGGACACCAUGUAUGAAGCAGGCACGGUGUGGGUGCGCCGCCUGGAGCGUGUGGGCUCCAGGGCCUCCUGGGUGCCCUGGCUGCACCACUACCUGGUGGAGAACACAUUCUUCCUCUUUCUGGUGUCAGCCCUGCUGCUGGCUGUCAUCUACCUCAACAUCCAGGUGGUGAAGGGCCAGCGGAAGGUCAUCUGUCUACUCAAGGAGCAGAUUCGGAACGAGGGAGAGGACAAGAUCUUCCUGAUCAACAAGCUUCACUCUGUCUACGAGAAGAGCGGGCCUGGUAGAACCCAGGAGGCUACCACACCAUCUGCCCUGCUCGUGGACAGAGAGGACACCUGCUCAAACAGUGAGGGGCCUUGCAUGCUCACAAGCACCCCAACUGCCCCCAGUGACCAUGGCCCUGUAGGCUGAGGUGUAGACCGAGACCCCCACAGGACACAAGGAUGGGGCAGUGACUACUUUCCUUUGCAAACUCCUCAAGUUGAAGAUGCAGCUGCAAGGAUGGGUGAGGGUUUAGGUACCUAGAGGUCCUGUCCUACCUGGGACUCUGACUAAAUGGGUUUGUGUUUUGGAUGAGCUUGUGACCUGCACCUGCCAGAUGUGUGCAGGUGUAGGGACUUACUAGGACCACAGCUGUUCUUCCCUGUAGGCUGUGGAUGCUCAGCUGGGAGCUCAGGGGUUAGUCCUGAGUGGAGGGCGCCCUCUGCUGGCAGAGGGUAAACAGUCACUCUCCUGGGCAGGAUGAAAGGUCUGUGUGCCCAGGGUCAGAAGGCACCAGCCUGUGAUCUUUAUUGGGGCAGAAGGGGAAGAUGGAUUUAGGGACAGACUCAGCGGGGACGCGUGAAAAACCUUGGGGUGAGAGGCUCACAGCAGGGGAUCAUUAGUGCCAAGUCUUAAGAGGUGGACUGGGUUGCUGGACAGGAUGCCCUGGGGUGCAGAGGGGCUGCUUCUGGUUCCCUCUGGUUUCUCUGAAUCUGAGCCUGCAGAAGUGGAGUUCCAGGAAGAGGAGGGUCCCUGCUAUUUGUAGCCAUAGCACCCUUAAGUCUGCAGCUGUACUCACUGGGGAGCCACUGUGGGUGGAGAAAUGUCAGUAGUGAUGGGCCCACCCUUCAGCCUUCUCUAGCGGAGCCAGGAAUCACUCUUGACCAUCAGCCAUCUCCUAGCUGGCCCAGGGCCACUCCUUCCUGAGGCCAGUCCCACUGGAAGGUUCUGUGCCAUGUGGUGCCAUGGGCGGCCUGGCAGAUAGGGUUUCCAAGCCUGUCACGGCUGUUACGGACUGAGUGCUGCUGUCUCCAGGCAUGAAUACUGCUGAACGCAAGCUGAUGGGCAAUCCAGACUGCUCUACUACAUAGGAUCUGGGCUAAAUGCAUCCGAUGCCUUCUCUCAAGCCCCAGCCUCGUCCAUGGGGAGGGGACUUAAGUAACCUCCUGAGCCCACUGGUUCACUUUUCAAGAUCAGGACAAGCUGAGAAGGGAAAGGAUUAUCACAGUGUUUCACAGAAUCCCUGUGCCGUCCGUCUUCUGUCAGCCUGGCCCAGGUGUGGAAUGCAGUGACCCCAACAUGGAUCCAGGUGUUGCAGUGGAGGGGGCUGCAAAUGCAGCCAGCACCUGAAGAGGGCUGUGAUGGUGUGGGUUAGUGCCCUGAGCAAGGCCGGGCUUCCUGGAGAACUUCUGCUAGUGACCCAUGCCACCCUGGCCCACAUCUCGCAUGCCCUAUCUGCGGUUGGCUGGACACAUGUUCUCUGGACUCCUGCUGGAGGUCCUCCAGCUAAAAAUCUUUCCCUGUUGUCAGUGACAGCCGUACUGUACUGGCAGCGCUGGGGGGCUCACCAGCCUGGGUCAGCUGGCUGACCUUAGGCAUGCUCUUUGGCUGGUCCUAAGUUCCUUAUCUUAUGGAUGGGGCCACAGGAGCAAACGAUACAGCUCCUUUAAGUGCUUAGAGCCACACCUGGCAGGUGUACUACUAGUCACCCCCUCCCCGCUCUGCCUUUGAGUUUUUAAGAGGCCGGGAAAGAAGGGAAGGAAGGAGGGAUGAGUUAGCUACAUACAGACUGAGAUCAACUGUCAAGACUUGAAAAUUGCAGAUUGCUGCUCCAGGGAAUGGAGGCUUACUGGCAUUUCACUCUGAACACAAACUUCUAGGCCACUUACUGUUUUUGGAACAGAGCCUCAUAUAGCCUAGGUUAAGAAUGACCUCAAACUCCGGAUCCUCUUGCCAUCCAUCCCUUCCAAGUGCCGGCAUUACAGGUGUGUGUACUGUUGCUUCUUCACCUUUGGCGGCACCAGGCAGCUUGAAAACUAUCUGUGCCUGGGGCUAUCCCAGAGAUCCUCAAUGAAUACACAGUGUGCCUGGCUCUGGUACUCUAAAAGUUUCUGGGUGAUUUUAAGAGGCCAAGGCUAAGAACGUAUUCUGGACCCAGUUGGGCACCAGCUGUUACAAACGCAGUCACCUAAGCUGAAGGCUGUCCACAUGGGUGCUGGGUUUUCAGUGAUGGGCCAAGCUUGGAGGCCAGGGGACAAGCCUGUGUGAGGUCUUGUCAACAGUGACUCCCUGAGAAGCACUGGCCCACACAGUGCUACGGCCACCCUGCAAUGGCCUUCUGGGUCUUUCCAAAGUACUGUUGCUGCAAAGAACCUUCCUGCCUCAGCCGCCUUUCUGCUCCACUCUGCAUAGGCCAGCCACAGCAGUUACCACUCCACCCUGUGCCCCCGUCAGGUCAUGCCCACCUCCUUGGGCCUCUGCCCAUCUCACCACCUUGGCUGGUCUCGAGUGUUCGUACGCCUUCACUGUCGCGCCAUGCUGUUGUUGGACACCUCCAGUCCUACCGCUUCCUUCACCUUGACAUCUCACGAGGCCUUUCCUGACUUCCCCAUGCUGGAAGUCCAACAUGGCCCUGAUGGCCAGGGCAGGUGCUACCUCCUCCAUGAAGCCUUCUGUUCACUCCUGGGCAUCCAUCCUCAAGGAACUUGGAGGCUGACAGUGGCAUUUCACACUGGAUACUGCUUUACCUCUAGGCAGAGUGGAACCCACUCCUUGACUGGCCUCCUGGUCUGCCGUUCUACAACUGAACUGUUGGCGCUAGGUACACCCAAGGCCCUUGUUGAAGGUCUGGCCUGCAGUGUAGGAGGUUGCUGGAAGCCAAGUGACCUCGCCAGUUGCUCUGGUGCCGACUCUCAUUCUCCUUCUGGUCUUUGGUUUCCAAUGUAGCCAGGGCCCUCUCAGUGAUUUCCUCCAUAGAAGCCAGCUGCUCCUUCCUCUCCUGCGGGUCCCCAGUGGUAGGGUGGGGCCCAUCCUCAGUACAAGGUGGGUCAACCCAAGAGGGUGAAAGUGGAUGUUUUCAUUUCCUGUAGCCUGUGACUCUGCUGACAGUGCUGCUUCCUAGAUGUUUUGUGGAAAGAGAUCAAUAAAACAUUCCUGGCCGGGUGUGGUGGCACACGCCUUUAAUUCCAGCACUCUGGAAGCAGAGGCAGGUGGAUCUUUGAGUUCAAGGCCAGCCUGGUCUACAUAGUGAGUUCCAGGACAGCUGGGGCUACAGGGCGACCCUGUCUCAAAAAGACAAAAAAAAAAAAAAAACCACAUUCCUCUGAGUUGGGGUCUUGCAGCGCUGCAUUGCCUGGUCUGGCCUUGAACCCAUGGGCCCAGGCAGUACUGCUUCUCAGUCUCAGAUCGCUGGGACUAUGGGUGUGUGCCACUGUGUGUGUGUGCACGUGGACACAGUAUGUGAAUGUUCUACCAUUAUCCACAUCCCAGCCUCUCCCCUGGCUCCACCUGCUGUUGGCCUGGGUAACACUGGACCUCAGCUGCAUCUGGUUCAGACCCGCAGAGGAGGCCGUGAGGCUGUCAGUCUCCUGGACUGUUAUCACUGGGCUUCAAAUGUCAGCAGCAAAACCAAAAAUCAAAGGAUAAAAUGCAAGUCAAACAGCCAAGAGUCGGAGUUUACCAAGUAUAUAAAUGAACUCAUAAGGAGCCCAGGAGAUUUGACACAGCAGGAUCUGCCUCUGAAAGAUGAAAACAUCAAUGUGAACAGCCAAGAAAAAAAUUGCAAUUUAUUAAGAUUCAACAAAGCGUUGUACUUUUGAAAGCAACUUUCGGUGCAUGUUCAACAACCACAUUCUAUGAGGAGAGACGUUAAGAGCCACAAACUUUUUUUCUUAGAGUCACAGACAUCUUAAAUUCAAAAUAAAAGGUCCAAAAAAGAAAACAAGGGGGGGGGGGAGCCACAAAACUUAAACGGACAAACAGAUCUUUACUUCCAUCCCCAAUUUUAACACAUGACAAGUUUUUCUACAACUCGGUGCUAAACGGCAGCACGGCAAGCUGUACGCCUGGGAGCACGCACACGCACAUAUUUGAUAUACAUACUUGGGUAUACAUACAUCAAAUAUAUAGGACGCACGUAAUGGCGCUGAGAUGCAGUCACUCUGAGGGGGGCCGUUCCGCUGGAGACGCCACGAAACUUGAGACAAGUCUUGAACCCAGUCUGUGCAUAGUUCAUGAUCCUCUAGAAAACCAGCUUCUGUCCUCUGCAAUCGUGCAGGACUCUCUUCAUUAUUUUUUUGUUUGUUUGUUUGUUUUGAUAAAACCAUUAAAAAGCUAAUUAAAAAAAAUGUAAUGCACAAGUUUCCUGAUCGAGCAGGCAGGGAGUACAAUGUUCAUAUAUUUUAAACAUACUCGAGGCUUUGCUACUUCAUUGUCUUUCUUCCUCGAAAACAAUCAAAAUGUUGAUCAUUUUUAAAACAUAAAGCCAUUUUUAAUAUAUAAAGCACUCUUCAAACAUCUA